AUGCACACCUUGAACACUCAGAAGAGUUGCAGUCCGGGGCCCGCCGGGGCUGCGGGGAGGCUCCCUGCUGCCUCCCAGGGUUUCGGAAGUCAGAACUCGCACCUGCAGCCCCCGAGCCGACCUAGCGCGGGAAUUUCGAGGGGCGCCGGGGAGGACUGCAGUGUUCAAGAGGAGCCAGCCGCCCGCCCAGGUGUGGGGGAGGCGGCGCCGGGCCUGCCCGCGGACCUGAGAGCCGAGGGCGCGCCGCUCGCGGGGGCUGGGGGCGCGAGGGGAGGUGCCGCGAGGUGGUUCUCGGCUGCUCCUCAGGUUUCCUCUCCCGCCCGUCGGCCGGCUGCUGGCUGCCGCGCCGCCUCCCUCCCUAGCUCCCUCCCCUCCGCAGCUGGGCCCACUCUGCGGCCUCGGCCCGCCUCGCCCCCGCCCCGGCCUCCUCCCGCUUUCUCUCUCCGCUUCCCCUCGAGCUUCCGAGGAGUCCGCAGCCGCGGGGCGCCCGGGAAGAUGGCGGCGGCGGCGGCUGGAGACGGCGGCGGCGAGGGGGGCGCGGGCCUGGGCUGCGCGGCGGGGCCGGGGGCAAGCGAGGGCUCCGUGGACCCCGUGCCCGCGGGGCUGCACCCGGAGGAGGUCGCCGCGAGGCUGCAGCGGAUGCGGCGGGAGCUGAGCAACCGCAGGAAGAUCUUGGUGAAAAACCUGCCCCAGGACAGCAGCUGCCAGGAAGUUCAUGAUUUGUUAAAAGAUUAUGAGUUAAAGUACUGUUACGUGGACAGAAAUAAACGAACAGCUUUUGUUACCUUAUUGAAUGGAGAACAAGCCCAGAGUGCAAUUCAGAUGUUUCAUCAAUAUUCUUUUCGAGGCAAAGACUUGAUAGUUCAACUCCAGCCCACCGAUGCUUUGCUGUGUAUUACCAAUCUGCCCAUUUCUUUCACGUUAGAAGAGUUUGAAGAACUUGUUCGUACUUACGGAAAUAUUGAGAGAUGUUUUCUGGUCUACAGUGAAGUUACUGGCCAUUCCAAAGGCUAUGGAUUUGUGGAAUACAUGAAAAAGGACUUUGCUGCAAAGGCUAGAUUGGAACUAUUGGGUAAACAGUUGGGAGCAUCAGCACUCUUUGCACAAUGGAUGGAUGUUAAUCUAUUGGCCUCAGAGCUCAUUCAUUCUAAGUGCCUUUGUAUAGAUAAACUCCCUAGUGACUACAGGGAUUCAGAAGAGCUAUUGCAAUUUUUUUCCAGUAUCCACAAGCCUGUGUUUUGCCAGCUUGCACAGGAUGAAGGUAGUUACGUUGGUGGCUUUGCAGUGGUUGAGUAUCACACUGCAGAGCAUGCUGAAGAGGUUCAGCAAGCAGCAGAUGGCAUGACCGUCAAGGGAAGCAAAGUCCAGGUUUCCUUCUGUGCCCCAGGAGCGCCUGGACGAAGUACAUUAGCAGCAUUGAUAGCGGCUCAACGUGUGAUGCACAGUAAUCAAAAGGGAUUACUUCCAGAACCAAAUCCAGUACAAAUUAUGAAAAGUUUAAACAACCCCGCCAUGUUGCAAGUUCUUCUACAACCCCAGCUACAACGAGCUGUCAAACCAGCAGUGCUUGGAACCCCUCACAGCUUGCCUCAUCUGAUGAACUCACCCAUCUCCCCUGCAUUUCUACACUUGAAUAAAGCACACCAGAAUCUUUCUCAUGUACCCCUGACACAGCAACAGUUAAUGAAGUCUGAGACUAUCCAUACUAAUAAUAAACCUGGCUUACUUGGAGAACCCCCAGCUAUGGUACUUCAAACUGCACUUGGAAUAGGAGCAGCGCUUCCCUUGAAAACGGAGUUGGGACAUCAUGGAGAAGCCCAUAAAACAUCUAAUCUGAUGCCAACUCAAACAACCAUCACAGCUGGAAUGGGCAUGUUGCCUUUCUUCCCAAAUCAGCACACUGUUGGACAAGCUGGGUCAGGGUUGGGGAAUACUCAGGAGAAACAGACCGCUUCCAUGGGAAUAGCAGAAGGAAAUUUCUCAGGGUCACAGCCUUACCUUCAGAGCUUUCCAAAUCUUGCUGUUGGAGGCUUGCUGACGGGACACCAUAAGCAGCAGCAGAGUCAGCCAAAAGGCCCGGAGGUGAGCUCGGGGCCAGGACACAGGCGUGCUGCCUCUAAGAAUCAGACUUCACUCUUGGGAGAACCACCAAAAGAAAUCAGACUCAGUAAAAAUCCGUAUUUGAAUCUGGCAAGUGUGUUGCCCAGUAUGUGCUUAUCAUCUGCUGCAAGUAAAACCACUCUACAUAAGACUGGAAUUUCAAGCAACAUUCUGGAUGCAAUCUCUCAGGGAAAUGAAUCGCAGCAUACAUUGGAGAAGUGCAUUGCUUAUUCUCCGCCCUUUGGUGAUUAUGCACAGGUGUCCUCUUUAAGAAAUGAAAAGCGAGGCUCAUCCUAUCUCAUCUCUGCUCCAGAAGGUGGCGCAGUAGAAUUAGUUGACCAGCAUUCUCAGGGCACAGGAGCAUACUACAUGGAAACCUACUUAAAAAAGAAGCGAGUAUACUAA